UGUCAACAACCAAAAAAAACGAUAAAAUGAAAUUUGUUUUAUGAUGAUUGUUAUUUCAAAUUUGCUUGCCAAACCCAACAAUCGAUAUAUAAAAAGAUUGAAUUUAUAAUCAACAACCAUCAUUAUUGUCAUAACAAUGGAAUUUGUUACAAUGAAAACAUUAUAUCGUCGCUAAUUGUCAUCAUAAUCAUCAUCAUCAUCAUUCGAUCUAUCGAUAUUUGUCUGUCAAAAUAAAUUAACUAGCUGUUUUAAAUUUUCCAUUUAUUCAAUCAUUAUAUUGUACAAUUCGAUAAAUUGCUCGGUCAAAAUUUGUUCAAUAAGAUUCAAGAGAUCGAAAUCUGAAUAUUUUUAUUUCCUAAUGGCACCAAAUUUACAUAAAAAAUUAACUAAACCUGUAUUUGUAUCCAGUCGUGUUAUACAUGGUUUUGGUCGUGGUUCAAAAAAAUUAGGCUGCCCAACAGCUAAUCUUGAACAUGAUGCUGUACAAAAGAUUAAUCUUGAAUCUGGCAUCUAUUAUGGCUUUGCUCAAUUAGUUGAUCCACCAAAACAACAACGAUCAACAACGAUCAACAACAAUAAUGAUCAUACAAAUACUAAUGAAGAUCUAAGUAUUUAUCGAGCAACAAGUCCUUCAAAUCCAAUCUAUCCAACUGUCAUUUCAUUUGGUUGGAAUCCACAUUUUAAUGAUGUUAAACAACGUACACUUGAAGCACAUUUAUUACAUUCAUUUGAUGAAGAUUUUUAUAACAGUACUAUUCGGGUGGCUAUCUGUGGUUAUAUUCGAUCGGAAAGAAAAUUUAAUUCAUUAGAAGAAUUAAUCGAUACCAUCAAGGAUGAUAUUCGACAAACCAAAGAUGCAUUACGAGAACCAGAACAACAAUGGCUAUCGGUUAUAAAUGAUCCAUUUUUCUUUGUAGAAAAUUCAGCGAUGAAAAUGAAAUUAAUCAAUAAUAAUAAUCAUAGCCAUGAUAGUAACAAUGUCCAUAUUCAUAAUAAUAACAACUAGGUUUUUCUCUAUUUUUCCCUUUUUUUCAACCACAGUAUUCCAUGAACAAGAUAAAACAAACCAACUAAAAGAAAUCAGAGUUCAAAAUUCAUUUCAACAACAAAUACAAUUCAAAAUUGACCCAAAACUACUGACAACGAGAAUAGCAUCGUCAUCAAUCAUAAAAGUGCAAUUAUGUCAUUCUCAAGUUUAAGUGAUAAUAUGUCGCACUUUAUUUUUUUUCUUUUCAAUUAUUUCAAUCAAUCAAUCAAUUUUUCAUUGAAAAAUUAUUCGAAUCGUAUU